UGGAACUCCACUGAGCCAAAAAAUACACCACUGAAGAAGAAGUUCUGCAACAGAUAAAAUAUGAUCAGGUGGACUGUGCUUCUGACUGUGUGUCUGAAUGUCAUCUCUGCAACAUUUGACUACGUUUAUGAAGAGCGUUCACUUCUGGAUCCAGAGGAUGUGCUGAGUGUGGGCAUUCCUCUGGAGAAACCACAGCGCCCUCUACUGGGAGGAACGUUAACAUUACCGUGUUACUUUGAGGACCACACUGUCCCAGACCCAGGAGCUCCCACCAUCGCCCCCUUCGCUCACCGCAUCAAAUGGAGCCUCAUCACCAAGGAAAAAGUCACGACCAUCUUAGUGGCCUUGGAAGGACAGGUGCGUAUCGGCGAGAGCUACCUGGACAGGGUUCAACUGACGGGCUACCCGACAACCCCGACAGACGCUACCAUCAAGAUAUCUGAACUGCGGUCCAGCGACACGGGAGUCUACCGCUGCGAGGUUCAACACGACAUCGAGGACAACCACGACGAUAUCAAUGUGCAGGUUCAAGGUAUCGUCUUCCACUACCGGGCCAUCAUGGGCCGCUACAGUUUGACCUUCGAGAAGGCGAAGGCUGCGUGUACCCAGAACAGCGCCGUCCUGGCUUCACCUGAACAGCUUCAAGCAGCUUAUGAUGAUGGAUUCCACCAGUGUGACGCUGGCUGGCUCUCUGACCAGACAGUCAGGUACCCAAUCCGUGAUCCUCGUGUGAACUGCUACGGUGACAAAGAGGAACUUCCUGGGGUCAGGACUUAUGGAGUGAGAGAACUCAAUGAGACUUAUGAUGUCUACUGCUUUAGCGAGAGGAUGACAGGCAAAGUUUUCUACACCGCCUCUGCAGAAAAGUUCACCUUCUCUGAGGCUGUGGUGGAAUGCUCUAAGCAUGGCGCUCAGCUGGCCACUACAGGUCAGCUGUACCUGGCCUGGCAGGGUGGGAUGGAUGUCUGUAACGCUGGCUGGCUGGGAGACAGGAGCGUCCGCUACCCCAUCAACAUUCGACGACCGCAGUGCGGAGGAGGUCUGCUGGGGGUGCGAACUGUUUACCUCCACACAAACCAGACAGGAUACCCACUUCCUGAGUCUCGCUAUGACGCCUUCUGCUACACGGACUUAACUGAUGAAGAUGGUUCAGGUAUCAUAAGAGAAGGAAGUGAUGUGUUGAGUGUUAGCACGGAGACACGGAGCCCGGAGGUGUUCUUCAGGAGGACGACUACAGAGAGCGAAGCGGUUGGAGAGGUGGAGACUCAGCAGCCCACCGUUGUGGACUUCACCUUCACAGAGAGCCCCACCGAGCUGCCGCUGCCUCAGCCGCCCAGCGUCACUGAGCUCAUCACUGAGUGGAUACAGCCAGCCACCGCCAAGCCUGAUGUGGACAGGGAGCCUCAGCCGCCCAGCGCCACUGAGCACAUCACUGAGUGGAUACAGCCAGCCACUGCCCAGCCUGAUGUGGACAGGGAGCUUCAGCCGCCCAGCGCCACUGAGCACAUCACUGAGUGGAUACAGCCAGUCACCGCCCAGCCUGAUGUGGACAGGGUGCCUCAGCCGCCCAGCGCCACUGAGCACAUCACUGAGUGGAUACAGCCAGCCACCGCCGAGCCUGACGUGUCCAGGGAGCCUCAGCCGCCCAGCGCCACUGAGCACAUCACUGAGUGGAUACAGCCAGCCACCGCCGAGCCUGACGUGUCCAGGGAGCCUCAGCCGCCCAGCGCCACUGAGCACAUCACUGAGUGGAUACAGCCAGCCACCGCCGAGCCUGACGUGUCCAGGGAGCCUCAGCCGCCCAGCGCCACUGAGCACAUCACUGAGUGGAUACAGCCAGCCACCGCCGAGCCUGACGUGUCCAGGGAGCCUCAGCCGCCCAGCGUCACUGAAGUCAUCACCGAGUGGAUACAGCCAGUCACUGCCAGGCCUGAGGUGGCCAGGGAGCCCAGUGAAAGCUUUGUGAUGCCUUCAACUGGUGUGGUCUUCCAUUACCGCCCAGGAUCUGGUCGCUAUGUCCUCACCUUCAUUGAGGCCCAGCUGGCCUGCCAGAGUGUUGGAGCCUCCAUCGCCACCCCAGAGCAGCUGCAGGCGGCAUAUGAGGCUGGAUAUCACCAGUGUGCUGCAGGAUGGCUGAUGGACCAGACUGUCAGGUAUCCCAUUGUUUCCCCUCGAGAUAAGUGUACUGGAGAUCUGGGAGAUCAACCUGGAGUUCGGUCCUAUGGUCUGAGGCCAGCAGAUGAGAGAUAUGAUGUGUACUGCUACGCUGAUGGGCUCAAAGGCGAGGUAUUCCACUUGGGCUCUGCGGAGGGUUUCACCUAUGACGAGGCUGUUUCUAGCUGUCAAGCGCAGAAUGCCAUCCUGGCCUCCACAGGAGAACUCUAUGCAGCCUGGAAAAUGGGUUUCGACAAGUGCCGUGCUGGCUGGCUCUUGGAUCGUAGCGUCCGUUAUCCCAUCACCAACCCUCGUGCUGGGUGUGGAGCGGGGAGGAGAGGAGUACACACUGUGUACGCUGACCCCAACCGGGCAGGCUACCCUGACCUUCACGCCAGAUAUGAUGCAUAUUGUUUUAGAGCUGAUAUUCUACUUAUUGCAAAUGAAACUGGACUGAACAUCACAGAUAUCCAGGAGGCUCUCCUGAACCUAACAACAGUUACUGAUUUAUUGAGGCCUGCUGUUCCCUCCAUCGUCCAACCCAUCCCUGUGGAGUCUUCAGGUUCUGGUUCAGGCUCAGGAGACUUUGGCUCAGGGUCUGCGGUUGAUAGCGGCUCUGGGGGUCACUCUGGAGACUUGUCUGGCUCUGGAGACGGGUCUGGAUCUUCAGACUUGUCUGGUUCUGAAGACCGGGUCAUCUCUGGAGACUUGUCUGGUUCUGGAGACGGGGUCAUCUCUGGAGACUUGUCUGGCACUGAAGACCGGGUCAUCUCAGGAGACUUGUCUGGUACUAGAGAUGGGGCCAUCUCUGGAGACUUGUCUGGUUCUGGAGACCGUGUCAUCUCUGGAGACUUGUCUGGUUCUGAAGACCGGGUUAUCUCAGAAGACUUGUCUGGUUCUAGAGACGGGGCCAUCUCUGGAGACUUGUCUGGUUCUGGAGACCGUGUCAUCUCUGGAGACCUGUCUGGUUCUGAAGACCGGGUCAUCUCAGGAGACUUGUCUGGUUCUAGAGAUGGGGUCAUUUCUGGAGACUUGUCUGGUUCUGGAGACCGUGUCAUCUCUGGAGACUUGUCUGGUUCUGGAGAUCAGGUCAUCUCUGGAGACUUAUAUGGUUCUGGAGACUUGUUUGGCUCAGGAGAUCAGUCUGGCUCAGGGGACCUGGUUGGUAGUGUGAGUGCAGAGCUGCCCAGCGGAACAUUGGGUCUUACCAGUACAGAUGCUUCUGGAUCAGGUCUCAGUGGAGAAAGAUCCGACAUCACUGUCAUUUUUUCAGGCAUCGACAGCACUCUGGCUGAAGGAGGUUCAGUUUCAGGAAGACUCCAAGAAGCCGAAGAGGGGAGCGUGGGGAUCCUUAUCUUCCCUUUAUCUGAAACAGGCUCUGGAGUGGUCAGUGGUAGUGGGGACCUGUCCGGAUCUGGCAGUGGAUCUGGCUCUGCAGAGAGUGGCUCUUCCAUGGAAAGUGGACAAAGUGGACAAUUCUCUGGCAUGUCGUCCAGUUUCAUCACUAGCCGGGACUUUUCUGGGUUCAGUGGUUUCCCAUCAGGAGCCUCUGGAAGUGCCAGUGGACAGCCAGGAGAUGCUCAGAUACUACUUGUAGAUGAUGAACUGGUUGAUGCAUCCACACAUAUCACCCACAAGGAGUAUGAGCUUGGUGGAGGCUCUCUGGCAUUCAGUGGCUCAGGAUCUGGGGUUCUCAGUGGUGAUCUCAGUGGCUCGGCCUCUGGAAGUGGCUCUGGGCUCUUCUCAGGUGUUACCUUUGUGGGGUCAGGCUUCACUGACCUUACAGAGUCAUCUUCUGUAGAGCAGGAGGCCUCUGGGUUUUUACUCUACAGCUCCGGACAGGGAAGUGGUGGACAUAUGUCAGGAUCUGGAAGCUCAGGCUUCCACUCUGGGUCUGGAUCAGGAAUGUCUGGAUUGGAGUCCUCUACCAGCGGGGAAGAAGGCAGUGUUACAUUCUUGACUGAGGAUUUUAUGACAGAGGUAUCUGGAGGCAAUACAGUGGCUAUGGAGCUUGGACAGGGGUCAGCGGAGUACAGUGGAGAAGGAAGCGGCAGCAGCGGCAGUGGCAUCUACUCCGGCAGCGGAGAUACCCACUCAUCCACAGCCAGUGGCGUUUCUUCAGGAGCUCCCUCUGGAGAUCUGCCACAAGUGGUGCUGCCCUCUCCGUCCAGUGAGUGGGUACUGACAGAGAGCACCACAGGAGCAGAGCAGAUGCUGAGUGGAGUUGAACUAGCACAGACUCCUAAUAAUGUCUAUCAGACCCCCGGCCAUGCAUUCGCCCCUGCAGGACUGGCUGCCCCUGCCACUGCAGCUACACCAGUCUCUGUGCAGGCACCAGGCAUUGUGGCAGAAACUGAUUCUGUGGAGGGUGGCCUUAACCCAUGUGAACCCAACCCCUGCGGCAGUGCUUCAUGUACAGUAGAGGACGGGGUCGCUCUCUGCCAUGAGGUAGAUGUGUGCCAUUCCAACCCUUGUGCCAAUGGAGCCACCUGUGUGGAGAGUGCAGACUCUUACAAAUGCUUAUGCCUGCCCAGCUACGGAGGGGAACGCUGUGAGAUCGAUGAGCAGCAGUGUGAAAAAGGUUGGACUAAGUUUCAGGGGAACUGCUACCUGCACUUCUUCGAGAGGGAGGAGUGGCUGGACGCGGAGCAGCGCUGCAGGGACCUGAACGCACAUCUGGUCAGCAUCAUCACACCGGAGGAGCAACACUUUGUCAACUUGAACGGAAAGGACUACCAGUGGAUCGGACUGAACGACAAGACAGUAGAGAAUGACUUCCGCUGGACAGAUGGCACUCCACUGCAAUAUGAAAACUGGAGGCCGAACCAGCCUGAUAGUUACUUUAAAGCCGGAGAAGACUGUGUGGUGAUGAUCUGGCAAGAGAGUGGCCAGUGGAACGACGUGCCCUGCAACUACCACCUGCCAUUCACCUGCAAGAAAGGCCCAGUGUCCUGCGGCGCCCCGCCGGAGGUGGAGAACGCUCACAUGUUCGGUAACAGGAGGGAGGAGUACCCUGUCAACUCCAUCAUCCGGUAUCAGUGCAACCCAGGGUUUACACAGCGCCACCCACCGGUAGUUCGCUGUAAGGCAGAGGGACAGUGGGAGAGACCCCAGGUGGAAUGUACUGAUGUAAAAUCCAGAAAAAGAAUACAGGAGAGGAUCAGCAGGAGUCCGGCAGAACCAGCCAGCAGCAGCAGCAGCAAGCUUCACUAAGAAAGAACAAAGAGGAAUUAAUUAUUUAAAAGAACAUUUGCUCCACACAAAAAUCCAUUUUCCAUUUUAGUGAAGAUGAUUUGAAAGGUUGAAUUAUUGAAAUUUCUACAUCCCGCAGGGUGCUACAUCAUGGUAAUGUGAUUUUUUUGUCUGUUGUGUUCCCUGCCCCUUCAUAAUAUAUUUUAAUUAUAUGUAAUAAUUUUAUUGCUCUGAGUUUAUUUUCAUUGUGUGUAUUGUAAUAUAAUUUUGUUUGGUGAAAUUAUUGAUGAAAUACUUUGUUCUAUACAAGUUUUACAUUUAUAGACGGCAACAUCUGUCUGGUUCACUGUAGUCUGCUGUAGAUCUUUACCACAGAAAACAGUCCACAUAUCCUGAUCGGCAUUUAGAUGUUGGUCGAAUGAGCUGAUGAUGAUGUCAGGUUCCAGGAAGAAAUGUAUUUGUGUACCCAUUAAACUCACUAUAAUUUCUGUAGGAGUUAAAACACAGCGGGGGGGGGGUUCUGCUUUAAAAUGUGUGUUAAAGUGUUUUCACGUCAAUCAUUACAGUCGGUGAAGUUGAAGGUGUCAGUGUCAGUUUCCUGCUGUUCGUUCCUGUUAUACGACGUGGAAAAAAACGAUGACUCAUCACAGGAAACAAUCCGUCUAACGUCACCCGGAGGUGAAUGUUGUCAUUAAGCACAUUAGAGCGCUGUUUUAAGUUUAGUAUAUGAAUACAUGAAGAUGGAAACCCCAGUAUUAAUGGUUGAGUUCAAUUUCAAUUGAUUUUAACAAACGCUCUUUAUAUAAAUACGAUGUGGAGCGGGAACUGUGGCCGAGUCAUUUUGAGCAUCUGGAGCGGCUGAUUCAUUCCGACUUCAGUUUGACAAGUUUGGAUUUUGAAUGUGGAAGACUUAUUGCAAAAGUUAGGUAGAAGUAAACCUGAUGCAACUCUAAAUUUAACUGUCAAAAGGAAAACUUUGACAUUUUGGGAAACUUUGGGAAAGAUUGAUGCCACCGUCUCAUAUCAUGUCUGCACGCUAAAUAUGAAGCAGGUGGUUAACGUUAGCUUAGUUUAGCAUAAAGAAUGAAAG